AUGCCAGUCAUUGACUCGUUUCUCCUCACCCACAUCCUCCUCUUGAACAGUUUCGGCUGCAAAUUUCCGGAAAAAGCUGGUGCUCUCAAGCGGCCGGUAGGAACUGACCGCCUCGGUAACCUAUUUCCCUCGCUGGGCCUUUGGACCUUUGCAUCUCAUAUGAACCAUUCCUGUCUGAGCAACGCCUUCCGCUCCUUCAUCGGGGACAUGAUGAUCGUACGUGGAAUUGCGGACAUUCCUGUCGAUGCCGAGAUCACCAUUCAGUACUUGAACCCCUUCAAUCCGCAACCAAAGUAUAUCAUAAACUGGGCUUUUGCCUGCGACUGUGCCAUGUGUGAGGAUGAUGACCACACAAGCGACAUAGAAGAGACUGGGAGAGUCACUUCAACAGUUGCUCCGUCUCCUUCCGGCAUUGCGAGAAUUGCAAGCCUGAUUCGCAAGAGCAGCGACCUGCUCGCCGAGAUGGAGGAGACAUACAUCAAGCCCGCGGAGGAGGUGCCGCUCCUGACCCUAUGGGUUGGCUACCGGGACUUCGCGUGCGCAAUAACAUUGACAGGAGCAGGCCUUAGUUCCAACUCCCAAAAGGCGAUCGAGAUUGGCUUGAAGGCUCUGCGAUGCCUGGGCUUUGUGGUGGAAGUUGGAAGUUUGGGGUCAAAUCAAGGGUUGGUUGUGAAAAAAUGGGGGUAUAUGGUGCCUGGAGAGCUUGACUGUUGA